GCGCGGCGUCUCCUAAAACUCGUCCAGCGCCGAGAAGAGUGUAGUAUCAACUUCGAUCCUCCUUAGUUUUCGACUUCAAUUCGCCUUUACCGUAAAUCUGAGAAUGUCUUGCUGCGGAGGAAGCUGUGGCUGCGGCUCUGGCUGCAAGUGCGGCAGCGGCUGCGGAGGGUGCAAGAUGCAUGCCGACCUGACCUACAACGCCGAGAGCAUCACCGCCGCUGAGACCCUCGUCAUGGGUGUCGCUCCCGCGAAAUCGUACUUCGAGGGGGCGGAGAUGGAGGCCGGAGCCGAGAACGGGUGCAAGUGCGGCUCGAACUGCACCUGCGACCCGUGCAGCUGUAAAUGAAACGGAUCGCGACCUUGAAUUCCAGCCCCGCCUACCCUCCCGAUCCCGGGGGGGAACCGAUCGAGAGAGACCGGGUCUAAUGUUUUAGUAUAUAACAUGUUAAGUGUUGUCUGUGCGUCCUUCGCCGUCUGGGUCUUUUACCCUGUUGUCGGAAUAAAGCAGCCGCGGCUGCAUAUGUGCGACUGAUCCUGAACUUCCCUUGUUUAGGGUCCUCCUUUGAUGAAGGUGGCUCCAGCCGUGGCCGGCUUUGGUCUUUUCUUCUUUCUUUCUUUUUAUUUUGUUGUCUGUCUUCUUUGUAAAGGUCGCGUCUGAUCUGGGUGUCUCUGCUUCGGGCGGGUUGGUUUGUGUCGGGCUCAGAUGAUGAAUGAUAAAGGCGAUUGAAAGGUCUGUUCUUGCGGUCAAAAAGUUGGCACUAUCUCUUUAAAUUGACUGCCCGUUUUUCGUCUGGUA